GUAUCGUCACACUCCCGUUUCGUAGUAAAACAGCAUCAUCCAUUGAUUCCCUUCCCUUACUGCUCCCUCCCUCUUCCAUUAAAAAAGAAGAUAGAAAGCAGCUACCAAAAUGGCUACUUUGCUAGCGGCUACAGGUCGUAGAGCAACUACUCUAUCUCGAUCCCCGGCUCUGUCUCAAGCCGCUUCUCUCAUUCCUCGCCGUGGUCUUGCCGGCGCUGCGGAUCACCAUGGACCCCCGAAGGUUAAUUGUUGGCAAGACCCAAUGAACCCAUCUAAAUGGAAAGAAGAGCACUUUGUUAUUGUCUCUUUAUCCGGUUGGGGCCUGCUUUUCUUUAGCGGAUACAAGUUCUUCACUAAAGGCAAAGGCAAGAAGGAAGAGGAGCUUGAAGUAAUGUGGAUACAGUGCUUCGAUUUGAGAACCAACCCAUCAUUCAAAAAAGAGAGGAGAAAUCCAGACAGGACUACUGCAGGUCUUCUUCGCUCAUCAUCUCGGGCAGCAGAGAUUAAAGCAAAAGAAUCCUUCGAUUAAGUCGAACAACACGGAAAUAUGAGCAACACAACUAUUAAAAGUUAAGACUGCUAAACCUUACUAACCACAAAUUUUGAUUGUCAUUGUAUCCAACUUUUAUCUGAUUUCUCAACCUUCUUCGUUCAGCAGUAUGUGUAUAUAUUUAAACAACAUAUCAAUAAAAUGAAUAGGCAAGUAAGUCAGCCAGGAAGGGUAUGGGAAGAAGAUGCAAUUUGAGUACAUGGUAUCUUAUCUCACAAGAUCUAAGUCCAACACAAGCAAAUACCAUCUUCUGCUACGGCCUCCUUAUCAUUAUCAGAGUGCUGCCGCCACGGUUCUUCUUGCCGCCUCACGCUUCAUCUCGUCAGCUUUACCGCUACCUCUGAAAUACAUGUAAACUUGCUGCAAAUUUGAAAGAGAAAAAGAAAACUGAAGGCUUUAGAAGAAACGAAAAUGGGGAAAGUUUUGCUGAAAAAGUAAUCAAAGACGAGGAAUUUAUGACCUGAAUAACCCAGACACUGAGCAAUGAUUCAAUGCAGAAAAAUCCAAAACCAAUGAAGUAGAAUAUCUGCAAGUCAAAAUGAAGCAUACCAUGUCAAGUCUUCUCAGAGAUUGUACUGAAGUAAAACCAGAAACAACAAUUGCAGGCAAAGCAUCCUAAUGGCCUAAAACUUACCCCCACCAAAGCAUUGUGGCCAAUGAGAUCAAUCGCAGGCAAAAUACCUCUGCACCGUUAACACAUCAGCUAUAGAUUACCAUAGAGGUACAAGUAUACAAGAUUAAAGUACCAAAAAAAAAACUGCUCAUAUAUGAAAAGGAUAAAAACAUAUUUUCCAAUGUGGUUGAGAAUUCAGGGAUAGAUUUGCUUCCCCUUCAGAUUGUAUAAAACUGUAGAACACAAACCAUGUAUGAAUAUUCAGGUAGAAAUAUUCAAAAACCCACCAAGGAAAUCUUAGGUUUUAAAAAGGCAAGAUAUCCACUCUCUAAAAAUUGUUACCUUCUCUAUAAAAGAAUUAAACCAAAAAAAAAAAAAAGAAAAACAAUCAAAAUCCUUUAGGGAGGAAAAAUUUCUAACACACUUACGCAAGGGAUUUCCCCUUGAAAAUAAUUGGGGGAGCAACUGAAGCAAAGAUGCAAAAGCCAAUAUGCAAC